AUGCGAGGGGUGCGCAACGCUCUCGUGCGGACACCCGCGCGCGGCGUCGCUGGCUCCUGGGGCCACUUGGCGCAGGAAUCGCAGCAGACGUGCAGCGAGGCAGUGGCGGGGCUGAGGUGGCUUCCAACGGCCGCGUACGACCGCAACCGCGCCCCGGAGCGCCCUGUGCCUCCGUGGCCGGGCGGGUCGCUGGCGGAGGGGGCUGGUGCGCGCCGGAGCGGUGCCGUGGGCCCUGGACUUCGACACAUCGCCGGCGCUGCUGCGCCGGACGAGGAUGUUCCACCAGAUUGCCGCGACUCGGGGGCCGGAUUCGAGCGGGAAAUGGGGGAGAUGGGGCACCCUAUGAGGUCGCGAGUCGAGCAGCGUGGGAGGUACCUGGAAAAGUACGGGCGCGACCUGACUCAGGAGGCCAGGCUUGGGCUGCUUGACCCCGUGAUUGGCCGCGAGGCGGAGAUCACGCGUGUCCUCGAGAUCCUGCUGCGCCGGACGAAGAACAACCCCCUUCUGCUGGGCGAUCCGGGCGUCGGGAAGACCGCGGUCGCCGAGGGCGUCGCCCGCAUCCUGGCCGGAAUCGACGGAGCGUGUCCGCCGGGGCUGCUGGGGUGCCGGCUGGUGUCGAUCGACGUGGGCUCGCUCGUCGCCGGCACGCAGUACCGCGGCUCCUUCGAAGACCGCAUCAGGGGCAUUGUCGAGGACGUAAAGCGCAACACGAACGUCAUCCUCUUCAUCGACGAGUGCCACAUGGUCCUGUCCGCCGGGCAGGCCGACGGCGGCAUGAACGCAGCCAACCUCUUGAAACCGGCCCUCGCUCGCGGCGAGCUGCGCUGCAUCGCCGCCACGACGCUCCAGGAGUACUCCCAGCACCUCGAGAACGACGCCGCGUUCGCGCGCCGCCUCCAGAAAGUCAUGGUCGAAGAACCCUCCGUCGAUGGCGCCGUAGCGUGCCUCAUGGGGCUGCGCUCGGCGUACGAGGCGCACCACCGCGUGUCGGUCUCCGAGGCCGCGAUCCGUGCCGCGUGCGAGGCCGCGCCGCGCUACCUGCCCGGGCGCCGUUUGCCUGACUCGGCUAUCGACAUCAUCGACGAGGCGGCGGCGCACCUGCGGCUUCGGCUCUCGGUCGAGGCCGCGGAGGCCGCCGCUGCGCGCGAGAACGACGACAAAUCGAAGGGCGCGCAUGCUGCGGCCGCACCGGGGCCGCUGGACGCGGCCGCGGGCUUCGGGGGCGCCCCUGCUGCUGGACAGACGUUGGAGGGGUGGGAAGAGGCGCGCAGGCGGCGGGAGUUGCUCGAGUGGUUCGGAGCGACGCCGGAGCGGCCGGCGGCGGGCCACUGGGGGCACAUGCAGACGAUAGAGGCGCGCAAGCGCAAAUUCCUGGAGAUUUGGGGUCCUGGGCAGUACGGGACGGGGGGCGAGGGGUCGCAAGGGGCGCCAGGGUCGCGGGUGUCGGUCGGGGUGGUCGGAGACAGCGAGGGCAGCGGUAGCGACGAGGACGGCGGGAGCGGCGGCGUCGGCUACGCGGCAGCGGCAGCAGCGGCGCAGUCGGCGUCUCCAGAUCCCCACAACCCCCCCAAGCCAUGCCCGCACUGCGCGUACCCCGUGACGCCGCCGGAGUGGGCAACGGACGCGACGACGUUGUCGUGUCCGUCGUGCGCGCACCGGUUCCUCAACGUGUCGCCUGAUAAGCUCAUCCAAGGCGUGGUGCUGCAGAACAGGCCAGAGCCGAGCACGGUGCGCCGCGCGCGCGAGGCGGGCGCUGCUGCGCGCGGCACCUUGGGAGGGUGCACAGGCAGCGGCGGCAGCUGCGAGGCCCCGUGCACGCAAGCGGGCGUGGCGGCGCGCGACAGCGUGGGCACUGCGGAGGCGGCGCCGCUCCCGGAGCUGACGGUGGAGGCGGUGUGGCAGGCUGUGGGGCGAGUUUCAGGUGUGCCUGUGGCGGGGGGCGCGUCGGCGGAGGGCGGGAUGGACGGCAAGCUGGCGGACCUGCGGGAGGUGGUAGCGCAGUCCAUCGUGGGGCAGGACGAGGCGGUCGGAGCGCUGGUGGACCUCGUGCGCGCUGGCCACCUGCAGCUUGGAGCGCGGGGCGACGCGCAAAGGCCCGCAGCGGCGCUCGCGGUGCGCGGGCCGGUGGGCGUCGGCAAGUCGACUGCUUGUCGCUUGCUGGGCGAGGAGCUGUACGGCGGUAAGGCGUCGGUGCUCCGCGUGGACAUGGCGGAGUUCGCGCAGGCGUCGAGCGUGGCGAAGCUGAUCGGCGCGCCACCGGGGUACAUCGGGCACAGCCGCGGAGGCCUGCUGACAGAGGCAGUGCGCCAGCGCCCCUACUCACUCAUUCUGCUCGACAACUUCGACCGGGCGCACCCGGACAUCGCGACGCUCUUCGCGCAUAUUCUGGACACUGGGGGUACGACGGACAGUCUCGGGCGCCCGGCAUCGUUCCUGCACGCCACGAUUGUGCUCUCGCUGGACGACCCUCGCACGACGGAGGUGGCGCCGGCGCCGGGGGCGCCGUCGCGCUCGUCGGGCGAUCGUGACUCGGGGGACAGCAGUGCAGAGCUGUCGCAGCCGGCUGGCGACCUGCUCCGCCGCGAGGCAGCAGCGUGCGGCGCAGACGUGGGAGGGGGCCCAGGCGCGGAGCCACCUGGGCCGGGCGAGAGGUCGGGAACACGGCGGGCCGGCCUUUCCGAGGCGAUCCUCGCGAGGCUCGACGGCGUGGUGACGUUCCGGGAUCUUGGGCCGGAGGAGAUGCGGGCCGUGGUCGCACGUGAGUGUGGGAAGCUGGCGGGGGCGGGCAGCGAAGGGCGCUGCGCUGUGGAGGUGUCGCCAGCGGUACAGGCGUGGGUGGCGAGCCAAGCUGCUGCCGUCGGCAGGGGCGCGGCUCCGGUGGCUGGUCUGCUGCGGCGGUGGGUGCUGUCGGCAGCGGCGCGGGCUGUGGUGGAGAGCGGCGCGGCGGGCGCGGGACGAGUCGAGCGCGUGCGCGUGGAAAUGGGUGCUCAGGGGAAGCCCGAAGGCGUCGUGGCCAGCGUGGCUGGCGUAGAGGGCGCACAGGUGGUCGCUGGGGGUGUGCCCUGA